GAUUACCCCCCCGAGUUGAGCAGACGUACCCAGCCACAGCCAGCCCACUUCAUUCCUUUAUCACACGUCCAGGGAGAAGCAUCACUACUGCCCUGAAGAUGAGGUUGCUGUGGGUGCUCCUGGCGGCGGUGCUGGUGGUGGGGGCAGCAGCCAGCGUUACGUCCAAGAAGAUCCACAAGAAAGCCACUUCGGAGGUGGAUAAGAAGCACCUGGAGGAUAUUGAGAAGAAACUGGAGAGCAUCAAGGAGCUGGAGGUGGAGCUUGAGAGGGAAAUUGAGGCUGCCGUAGAGGAGGAGGAGGAGGAGGAAGAGGAAGAAGAGUCGUCCGAUGAGGAGAAUGAGGUGCUGGAUGAUGGCGAGGAGGAGCAGGUGGAGGAGGAGGAUUUAGGUGUGGACCCAAUGCUGGCACCUGAUCCCGAAAGUUUCCAUGGAGACCCGUGCCUGGAGGUGUACUGCGGCGCUGGCAGGAUGUGUGUCGUCAACGAUGACAAUCAAGCGCAGUGUGUGUGUGUCAACGCCUGCGAGAAUGAGGACGACAGGCGCAGGCGGGUGUGCAGCAACUUCAACGAAACGUGGCUGUCCGACUGUGAGCUGUACCGUCAGCGCUGCCUCUGCCAGGAAGGGGACGAUAGCUGUGUCAAGCCAGAGAACAAGCACGCCCAUAUUGAAUACUACGGGGAGUGCCAACAGAUGCCGGAGUGCGAAAAUGAGGAGCUCGAGGACUUCCCGCGGCGCAUGAGUGAGUGGCUCUUCUCCAUCAUGAGGGACAUGGCCGACCGUCAGACCCUGAGCGAGCACUACAUCCGCCUGGAGAGGGAGGCCGAGGAGGACCCCAAGAAGCAGUGGUCCUACGCCGUGGUCUGGAAGUGGUGUGACCUGGACUCUCACCCCAGGGACAAGGCUGUGUCGAGGCAUGAGCUCUUCCCCAUCAAGGCUCCGCUGCUCACCCUGGAGAACUGCAUCGCCGCCUUCCUGGACUCCUGCGAUGUCAACGACGACCACGCCAUCACAUUGAGGGAGUGGGCCACCUGCACCAAGCUGACUGAGGAGGACAUUGAGAAGUUUGAGAACUUCUGCGAGGAUAUUCGCGAGGAGUAAAAUCCCUGCUGGUGUCUGUUCAGUGGUGUCCUAGCCUUAAGAGUCUUCAUUCAGCAUAACCUUCAUAAGGAGUGUAGGGACGCAGGUGCAGUAGGUAUAUAUCAUAAGGCAGUUUACACUUUUAUGUGAAUGAACGAUAUGUAUGAAUCAAAACUAAUGAGACUUUCCCUUUGUUGGUCGCUUGGUUUUUCUUCUUCCUUCUGCGUACAAAGUAUACUAAGUAGUGGAUCCAUGGCUUAUAGUUGAUGGAUAUGUGUGAACGAUAGGUAAAAGAGGAUUUCAUUUUGUCGAACGCUUGAUUUCUUCUCUCUGCAUACAAGAUUUUCUAAGUAGUGGAUCCAUGGCUUAUAGUUGAUGGAUAUGUGUGAACGAUAAGUAAAAGAGGAUUUCAUUUUGUCGAACGCUUGAUUUCUUCUUCUUUCUGCGUACAAGAUAUUCUAAGUAGUGGGUCAAUAGUUUGUAGUUAAUGAAGGUCUUGUGAGGCUGUCUGUUCUGUACCUUGGAAUUUGUUUUUCUGUAUUCUUUUGGUAUAUAAGGCAAAAUUUCAGUAACGUUGAGUAUACUUUUCUGUAGUUUGCUGCCCUACCAUAUCUCUUUCCUUUACCAUUUAGCUUAAAGUUGAUCGGUGUCUUGUGAGGCUGUCUGUUCUGUACCUAGGAAGUUGUCUUUUUUUGGUAUGUAAGGCAAAAUUUCGGUAAUGUAUGAGUAGAAUAUACUUUGCUGUAGUUUGCUGUCCCACCAUAUCACUUUCCUCUACUGUUUAGCUUAAAGUUGAUCGGUGUCUUGUGAGUCCGUCUGUUCUGUUCCAUGGAAGUUGUAUUUUUUGUGGUAUGUAUGGCAAAAUUUCAGUAAUGUAGAUCAAGAUACUUUGCUGUAGUCUGCUGUCCCACCGUAUCACUUUCCUCUCCCAUUUCCGUCACAAACAAUACCUGUCUUUGUUAAUCCAUAAAGGACAAAAGAGUACAUAAGGAGAUAUUAAUGUGUAAAUCGUUUAGCUGUAGUCCCUUGCUUGUACACGGCAAUCGCUAGAAAGGUGUACGAUUGGCGUCCCUUUGCUGGAUGCUUGUUGGCGUCAGAGCGAGGUGUUGUCAGCGGCAGCCGUCAACACCUCGCGCUGACUCCACACACUGACUUAACUUACACUGCCAGUUGUGAGUCCUCUCGAAUGGUGCUACGUAAACCUCUUAAAAUAUGGUUAAGUGUAUUUUUUGCACUUGUACUUCCUCUCAUUUAACUAUAUAGUACUUAUGAUAAAUGUAUGCCAAGUGACGCUCUGACUUCUGUGCUAUACUGUUUUAAUAAAUUGCUUUUCCUA